AGGCCCGCAGCCGCUGGGCUAGCGGGCUCGGACUGGGCUAGCCCAUGCCCACGACCACCCAUCCAUCCAUCCAUCCAUCCAUGCAUCCAUCCAUCCACCCAUCCAUCCAUCCCUGCAUCCCUCCCUGCAUCCCUGCAUCCUUCCUGCCCAAGGACCGGCCUUGCCAGGCUCAGGGAGCGUCGCUGGUCUCUCCCGGCGGGGAUGCCCGGCUGCCGCCUGAGCUCCUGCGGGUUGCCCCCCACAGCCGAGGCCCCCCCAUCCCCGCCGGUCCCGGGCCAGCCGGGGUCCCCGCCGCCCCCCGCCCCGCCGCCGGAGAGGCCCAGGCCGCCUAGGCCCGCGCGGGCCGUGGUGGCGGGAGUCGGGUCGGGGUCAGGGGUUGAGGCGGGGUCAGGGGUCCGGAGCUGGGCCUUGGAGCUGGCCGAGGCCCGGCGGCGGCUACUGGAGGUGGAGGGUCGCCGUCGGGUGAUGUCGGAGCUGGAGGGCCGCGUCCUGCACCUGCACCGCGUGUUCCUGGCGGCCGAGCUGGGCCUGGCGCACCGGGCCGAAGGCCUGGGCCGGCUGAGGGGCGGCGUGGGCCAGGCCGACCUCCACCUGGCCGCCCACGGACAGCGCCUCAAGAAGAGCCUCCGGCGCCGAAAGCAGGCCCGCUCGCCCGCCCUGCUGGCCUCGGCCCUCGGGCUGGGCAGCUGCGUGCCCUGGGCGGCUGGCAAACUGCGCCGGGCCGGUAGGCCGGAGGCCCCGGCCUCCCCCGACCCCCAGUCGCCGCCCUUCAAGCGCGGCCUGCAAGGCUCCCCCCGCGCCCCGGGAUCCCAGCAGCGCUGACCGUCACCCCCCCCUCCAAGAGGCCUUCCCAGACUGCAGCCCCCCCCCCGUCCCUCACCUCCCCAUCCUGCCCGGACUUGCUCCCCUUCCUCUCACUUGCUUCCCCUGCCCCCUCAACGCGGAUGCCUACGCCCGUCAUUUUCUGUAUUUCUAUUGACGUCCGGCUGCUCGUUGUGAUGUCUGUCUCUUCCCCCACCUCUAGACUGUGAGCUCGUGGUGGGCAGGGAUUGUCCGCCCGCAGAAAGCGCUUCAGCGGUGGACGCAGGAUGACACCACCGGACCGCGGCCGGAAACCGUCGUGCCCGGAGGAGGAGGCCCGGACGGAUGGAGAGGCGGAGGGGGUAGGGUGAGGGGGGCGGAGGGCACCCCGCAACGCGCUACAUCGUGACCCACGGGGGUCCAAUAAAUGGUCUGUGAAGCAGCGUUUCGUGCCUGUGCCCCUCAACCCCCCUGGCUUUGGCUCUAAGCUGUUCCGGGGGGAGACUGAGGCCUGGGGAAGGGGGAUGCUGAGGCUUUUCCAUAGGGUAUCGCAAUCGCUCCCUCUCCUCUGUCCGGCCCCCCGCGUAGAGAAGGCCAGGAGCCCCCAGCCUCUAUUCCCUACUCUCAGGCCCCCUCCCCUGCGUGGGAAAGGGGCAAAGGUCUCAGUUGACCCCACUUCCCUCCAGCCCCCAGGUCGCCUUGGGCCAGGGUCAUUUCUGCCCGGCCCACCCCCAGCCCCAGGUCCCUUCCCGGGUUUGGGGUGCCUGUGGGUGAGGACCGGGGGUCGGGAGGACCCUCUACUUGUCCAAAACCACUUCCCAUCCUGCCCGCUUUCCUCGUUUUGAUGGAGCGCAGACAGGGACCUCUCCCUUCCUACCUUAGCACGCACUCAGUCCUCUUCCGGCCUCAGUGUCCUGCUCUGUGAAACGGACACAGAGAGGCCGGAGGCAGUUCUGCAGGGCACCGAGAGAGCCCGAGCGUGCGUGGGGCCGGUUGGGGCGGGGGGCAGACGGCCGGCUGUCAACUGGGUGACUUUGGGCAAGUCGCUUAACUUCUCUGUGCCUCAGUCGCCUCAUCUGAAAAAUGGGGAUUAAGACUGUGAGCCCCCAGUGGGACAACCUGAUUGCCUUGUAACUUCCCCAGUACUACAGUGCACGUAGUAAGCACUUAACAAAUGCCAUUAUUAUUAUUAUUAUUAUGGACGGACAGCUCUGAGCGGCAGCAGCGGGGCUUUGCAAACCACCGAGCUCUUGCGUGCCAUUAUCAUUAUUAUUAUUAUGGACAGACAGCUCUGAGAAGCAGCAGCGGGGCUUCGCAAACCACCAAGCUCUUGCGUGUACCGGCAGCAGAGACCACCCAGAAUGAGGAAAACACCUUUCCCCACUCACGCAACCGGAUGGGAGAAAACAGGCCCCAUCCGUACUGCCCAGGGGACCCCGGCCCAGCAGCUUUGAACUUGCCCCCCUUCUAAAAUAAAGAAUAAAACCGG